GCGUUGGUCGCGCUGAACUGCGACUGCGCAGAAACCAGAUUCCCACUCUGAACACUUCUCUCAGGGUCUGACCACAGACCUGCACCCACCCUGUUGAGAAAGUUGAGGCAGGGAUUGAACCCUCAGCUUUCAGAUCUCAUUUUACAGUAAAACAGGCAGAGAGAAGAUUAAUAGUUGAGGGCCAAGAAGCUGGUCUCUGUUCUCUACGCUCCCAAGAUUGCAAACUCGGCUCGUUAUUUCUGUACCCCACCUCUCACUCCCGCCCCCGAAGUAAGUGACACCACCUUCAAUUUACGUGCAUUUUCUUUGGAAGGUUUUGUUUUUCUUCAAACUAUUUGAAAUACAUGAAACUCUCUGGCCCCGUCACGCCUUAGUUGAAGAGCCACGUGUUAGUGUGGGAAGAAAACAAGGAAGUUUUCCUGGAAGGAGACGCCCCCACUGUCCAUUGCUACCCGAACGGAUCUACACUUCUGGAUGCAGAGUGGGCUCCUGAUAAACGGCUGAAGGGUGAAGGACAGGAAGAAAGACAUCUCUGACUGAACCCGAGCAACAGCUAAUAAAUCAAAGGAGCAUGUCUAACAAGGAUGAAAAUCUGCGGGCCUGGUGGGACUUUGCUCAGGAUUUGGCCGCCUGGUCUGGUCAGUCCGGUAGCAGUUGAACACGUGCUGAGCGCCGGAGCCCGUGGUGACCAGCUUGUGGGCAGAUUGCUGGACUCAGACCAGGCUCUGGGGACUUAGCCUGCCCUGCAAAGGAAGAGUACAAGAAGCACAGCUGGCACUUUGAGGAGGUGAGCCGCAGGCUGCACUUGCAGAGCAACGAUGGAGGAAAAAAAUCAAGAGGGGACAGGGGAGCUGACAUUGGUCCUUGCUCUGGCAACGCUCAUCGCCGCCUUUGGCUCGUCCUUCCAAUAUGGGUACAACGUAGCUGCCGUCAACUCUCCCUCAGAGUUCAUGCAGCAGUUUUACAAUGACACCUACUACGACAGAAAUGAGGAGAAUAUCGAGUCCUUCACCUUGACGCUGCUGUGGUCCCUGACGGUGUCCAUGUUCCCCUUUGGGGGCUUUAUAGGCUCUCUCAUGGUUGGAACCUUGGUGAAUAAACUGGGCAGAAAAGGGGCCCUGCUGUUCAACAACAUAUUCUCCAUCCUGCCGGCCAUCUUAAUGGGCUGCAGCCAAAUUGCCCAAUCGUUUGAGCUAAUAAUUAUUUCCAGACUUCUGGUUGGAAUCUGUGCAGGUAUCUCUUCCAACGUGGUCCCUAUGUACUUAGGGGAGCUGGCCCCGAAAAACCUGCGAGGGGCUCUAGGAGUGGUCCCGCAACUCUUCAUCACUGUCGGCAUCCUUGUGGCCCAGCUGUUCGGCCUUCGGAGUCUCUUGGCCAAUGAGGAUGGCUGGCCAGUUCUCCUGGGUCUAACUGGAGUCCCCGCAGGCCUUCAGCUCCUCCUCCUCCCGUUCUUUCCCGAGAGCCCCCGCUACCUGCUGAUCCAGAAGAAAAAUGAGGCAGCUGCUGAGAGAGCCCUCCAGACCCUCCGAGGCUGGAAAGACGUGCACCUAGAGAUGGAGGAGAUCCGGAAGGAGGAUGAGGCUGAGAAGGCGGCGGGCUUCAUCUCUGUGUGGAAGUUGUUCACUAUGCAGUCUCUCCGUUGGCAACUCAUCUCCAUGAUUGUCCUCAUGGCUGGCCAGCAGCUGUCGGGAGUGAACGCGAUCUACUACUACGCCGAUCAGAUCUACCUCAGCGCAGGCGUGAAAAGCGACGACGUCCAGUAUGUGACGGCCGGGACUGGGGCCGUCAAUGUGUUCAUGACCAUCCUCACGAUCUUUGUGGUAGAGCUUUGGGGACGGCGAUUCCUACUCCUCGUCGGCUUCUCCACCUGCCUCAUAGCCUGCUUAGUGCUGACGGCUGCACUGGCGCUGCAGAACACCAUCUCCUGGAUGCCCUAUAUCAGCAUUGUCUGUGUCAUUGUCUACGUCAUAGGACACGCCUUAGGACCCAGCCCCAUCCCUGCCCUGCUCAUCACUGAGAUCUUCCUGCAGUCCUCCCGGCCAGCCGCCUACAUGAUCGGAGGCAGUGUCCAUUGGCUCUCUAACUUCACUGUGGGGCUCAUCUUCCCCUUCAUUCAAAUGGGCCUUGGUCCCUACAGCUUCAUUAUCUUUGCAACCAUCUGUCUCCUCACCACCAUCUACAUCUUCAUGGUCGUCCCAGAGACCAAGGGCAGGACAUUCGUUGAGAUCAACCAGAUUUUUACCAUGAAGAACAAAGUGUCAGACAAAUAUCCGAAGGAGGAGGAGGAGCUUAGCACCCUCCCGCACACGAUCUUGGAGCAGUAGCAGAGCCAGGCCACCAGCCAGCCUGGCCGGUCUGCACGGACCUCCUGUCUAGACGCUGGUUCUGGGUUCUUGUCUGUGACACUGGAAGGGAGAUGAGCCUGGUGGGAAGUGUCAGCUCCGUCACCGGCCUCCACUCAGUGGGAACAUCUGCCUGCUUUUGUGCUUUCCUGCCGUCUCUAACUAUAGAGGCCAGUCAUAGGCUCUUGGUCUCAUGCAAAGCCAUCCCUUGCCUUUACCGGGUUGACUCUGGUGAGGGUCUUGUAACAUCGCUUUUCUAACAAAAAGAGUUGCUGCAAGACCAGAUGUGAUGAUCAUAUUUUACCAGCAAAACUGACUCUUGUGUGUUUCCCGUGGGCCUGGAGAGAACUCUGGCAUCUACUUGGGAUUGAUGUUGUCUUCUUUCCCUACCCAGCCAUGUCAUAAAGUGGGGGAACAGACCAUUUGCGAAGACACACCGAGCGUGGAUUAUUAACUGUAAACAAUACUACUUUGUAUAACCAAUAAAACAGAUAUGAUCACUUCUCA